UUCAUGCUAUAAAUGAUGGCUACCGCGUUCUCGUUUCUGCCUCCCUUCCCCCUUCAGUGCAGUCAGACAGCAACCCACCCACUCAAAGACAACCUCUCUAGUCUCUUCCGUCUCUGCCACCGCCUCCUCCUCCGCCGUAUCUCCGCCGCCGCAUCCGUCACUCUCGACCCACACCAAAUGGACGGCUCCAUCGUCCUCUACCCUUCACCCGGAAGAGGCCACCUCGCCUCCAUGGUGGAGCUCGCGAAGAGCAUCCUUGGUCACCGCCCUUCCUUCUCCGUCACCGUCCUCCUCCUCUCCACCCCACCUCCGGACACCCACUUCGUCGCCGCCGUCUCCGCCUCCCACCCUUCAAUCACCUUCCAUCAUCUCCCCGCCGUCUCCCUCCCCAACACCGACCACCUCUCCUCCUCUCCCGCCAACUUCAUCUUCUCCACCUUCGAGAUCGUCCGCCUCCAAAACCCGACGCUCCACCAGACCCUCCUCUCUCUCUCCAGGUCCUCCGACAUCAAAGCCUUCGUCAUCGACUUCUUCUGCAACGCCGCUUUCGGCGUCUCUACCUCCCUCAACAUCCCUACCUACUACUACUACACCUCCGGCGCGAGCGGGUUGGCUUCAUUCCUCUACAUUCCCGCUCUCCACAAGAAGUACCCCGAGAGCUUCAAAGACCUCAACGUGCCCAUUCAGAUCCCUGGCUUCCCUCCGGUCUCGCCCCGAGACAUGCCCAUGGCCAUCAGCGAUCGGAGCCUCAAGGUCUAUAGCCAUUUCUUGGACACGGCGGUUCAGAUGGCGAACUCGGCCGGCAUCAUCGUCAACACGUUCGACUCACUCGAAGCCAGUGCUCUCAGGGCUCUGAGGGACGGCCACUGCGUGCCGGACGGAGCCACUCCUCCGACGUACUGUGUUGGGCCACUGGUGGCGACAGGCGGAGGAAUCGAAGGUGGUGGCGAGAGGCACGAGUGCUUGGGCUGGCUCGACUCGCAACCGAGCCGAAGUGUGCUGUUCCUGAGCUUCGGGAGCAUGGGUGCGUUCUCAACGAGGCAGCUGAAGGAAAUGGCAGUAGGGUUGGAGAUGAGCGGAGUGCGGUUCUUGUGGGUGGUGCGGGUUCCGCCGCCUAACGACGAAGCUCGGCGCACGUUAGCCGAGCUCGAGCCUAGCGUCGAGUCGUUCCUGCCCCAAGGGUUUGUGGAUAGGACGAAUGGGAGGGGGAUGAUAGUGGAGUCGUGGGCCCCGCAGGUGGAGGUGCUGAGCCACGGUUCUGUGGGCGGGUUCGUGACGCACUGCGGGUGGAACUCGGUGCUCGAGGCGGUGUGCCGUGGUGUGCCCAUGCUGGCCUGGCCUCUCUACGCGGAGCAGAGGUUGAAUAGGGCCUACUUGGUGGAGGAGCUGAAGCUGGCUCUGUCUGUGACCGAAUCGGAGGACGACGGACUCGUCUCGGCGGACAAGCUGGAGGAGCGAGUCAAUGAGCUGAUGCGAUCGGAGAAAGGGAGGGCAGUGAGGGAUCGAGUCCUGGCCAUGCGAGACGCCGCGGCAGCCGCACUGAGCAAGGGCGGGUCGUCCCGAUCAGCCCUGGCUGAGUUGAUCGAGUCAUUCAAAGCCGGGUCGGGCGAGGUGGAUGUUUCCAACUCGGUUACAAGCUCCAUGGGAAUUGGUGGUGAUUUGGGCAGCGCCAGCACAGUCACGAUUUCCACUUGAAGUAUGUGGAUGGUCUCGCGUCCGCAGAAAUACAGUAGUUUUAGAAUUUAAAAGAGUUUUGCUAGCAUUACAGCUUUUGAUCACUGUGGGGAUAACAGCAUAUUGUAAAUCACAAAUUAUUGAAGGAAUGGACUCACAAUAAU